AGCAGUCAUUGCUUGCCGUGAUCGAAACGCGACAGCUGGUCCUCCGAUCCGCGGCCUGCCAUAAUCAUCACAGGCUCUGGCUCUUUCAGCGCGUCGCAUGCCAUCGCGCGUUCAGGCGUCUCCCCCUCGGGUGGUUGUCGAGCCGCGUCUCGCAUGUCAUCAUGCUGGCACCCUGAGAAUCGACCGAAACGAUCUGUCGCAACGCUCGUUUGAACCGGAUAUGACAACACUCUGUCUACUUGACUGUUUACAACGCGAUCUACAACAUGGCGAGCGCGCAGGCGAUGGAAGAGGAGCUCCAGCAGAGUGUUUUACUCUCCGAAGCCGGAUACGACACAGCAGACAGUGCGCUAGUCAGCGACAGCAAAGUGACCACACAGGAUGCGCUCAUUGAUGGCGUCACAGACAUCUCCGGGGGCGGCCGUAGUGGCUUGGAUGAUGACCUGAGCGACCGCGACGCGUCUGGCGAAGAGCUUGACCAAGAUGCAUCCGGGGAGGAAGACAACGAUUUACUCGCUCGCCAAAUUGUUGUCGGCGAUGCUGUCGAUGAGGAAGAAGAGAGGGACGACGAUGCCGACACCGAUGCGGACCUCGACGACGAACCGGAAGGUCAAGACGAAGACGGCGAUGAAGGGGUGGGGGCUGUCAAGAUUCGCCCUGUAGAGUCUGAUGACGAAGACAUUGAUGGAGAUGGCGAAGACGAUGAAGACGACGACAACGAUGCAGAGAGCGACGUUUCAGACCUUCCGAGCGCUGUAGACGAGGAAGAUUCCGAUGAAGCACCAGCUUGGGAGGACGCAAACGAGGCGGCAGAGGACGAAGAGUCAGACGCCGCGCCUUCAAACACUUGCAUUUUCUGCAAGCAAGACGAAGAGAAUGACCCAAGCGAAGAUUUCGAAGUAUUUCUCACUUGCGCGAACUGCGGCGAGAAUGCACAUCAACAAUGCGCUCGUGAUGCGGCAGCAAUGAGCGAACACAACACACCUAAUCGGUGGAAAUGCCCCGAGUGUUUUGCCACAGAUUCCGACUUGAACGAUGAAGAUGUUGACAUGAAGGACGGCAACAGCGCAGAUGGCCGUGAGCAAUCCGUAUCGCAGCAUUCAGAAGGAGGAGACCAGCAGAAGUCACACGAUGAUCCCGCUGAACGAGCGACUGCGCCACGAGAGUCUAUGAACGACGAUUCGACAGAUGGUUCUCGGAUGUCAAAAAAGAGAAAGACGCCCUCGUCCGAGCCAGAAGAGGAGGUUUUGGCUUCAAGAAAACGGCGAAGGUAUCCCUCAAUCGAGGCAGUGGUACAAGAAGGUGGCUCUGCCCACCACCCCGUCGACAGUAGCAGAGCCUCCAGAACACUACGCCUCAAACUUCAGCCUCCGCCACCCGUUACCGUCAUGAAGCGGUCUCGUACCUCGUUAGUCAUCAAUAUCGAAGUACGGCCUGGGAAUCUCAAAGAAAUUUUGUCUCGCAAGAAGCGCGAUAGGAGACGCCCUGGUGUGGCAACAGCUACUGCAGGAUCAAAGCCGACCCCUGCCUCACGAUCGACUCCUGUGCGGCCAGCGGCAGUCCCGACCCCGAUCAGCUCCCUUCCCACGCCUUUCACAUCAGAUCUAUACUCCCAGCCUUUUUACUCGUUCUUUGACAAAGAAACGGAUGACGCAAAAGGGCGGCCUUACGGCGGUAUUCUGACGGAAGCAGAAGCGGAUACGUCGAAGACACUGCCCACUCCUGAUGACCGCAAGAGAUUUGACCAGGCCAAGCAGAAGGCCGAGGAUGAGUGGCGCGCUCGUAUUCUCGCAAUGCAGGCCGAGGCUGAUAUGCCAGUGCGGAAGGCGAAAAAGUCCAGCGACAACGCAAGCCAGAUUGAAUGCAUCGAGUUCGGCGGAUGGGAAAUCGAUACAUGGUAUGCGGCGCCGUAUCCAGCAGAAUACAGCAGGAACCGCAUCCUCUACAUCUGCGAGUUCUGCCUGAAGUACAUGAACUCGGAUUAUGUUGCAUGGCGACACAAGCUCAAAUGCGCCACAAAACACCCACCUGGGGACGAGAUCUACCGCCAUGGCUCAGUAUCGAUCUUCGAAGUGGACGGGCGAAAGCACCCAGUCUACUGUCAAAACCUCUGCCUCCUAGCGAAGCUCUUUCUUGGUUCGAAGACGUUGUACUACGAUGUGGAGCCUUUCCUGUUCUACAUCCUCUGCGAAUAUGACGACUGCGGCUACCAUUUUGUGGGCUACUUCUCCAAGGAGAAGCGCGCCAGUAGCCAGAACAAUGUGUCCUGUAUCUUGACACUACCUAUCCACCAAAGGAAGGGCUACGGAAACCUGCUCAUCGACUUUUCAUACCUCCUGACCAAGGUAGAGCAGAAGACUGGCUCGCCAGAGAAGCCGUUAUCAGACAUGGGGCUCGUUUCAUAUCGCAACUACUGGCGCCUCGAGCUGUGUCGAUACUUCCUGAAUUUGGUGGAUGCCAACAAGCACCACUCCGAUGGCUUGAGCGUCAAACGAAUAUCCGAUGAUACAGGCAUGACGGCAGACGACGUUGUGUCCGCCCUGGAGGGUCUUCGAGCCUUGGUGAGAGACCCGCAGACUCAUUUGUACGCUUUCCGUGUCGACCUCGACUACUGCAGACACUACGUGGCGAAGUGGGCGUCAAAGGGCUACGUGACGCUAAAGCCGGAAGCACUAGCCUGGACUCCAUACGUCAUGGGCCGAAGCAACGCCGUUAAUUUUGAACUUGGCCCACCUCUCAGUACUAUCGCACCACGCGAGGAGGAGGAGGCGAAGCUUCAAGAAGGACACAAUAUCGCCAGUGCAGAAGGCCGUUCUCUAACGAACGGGCAUAGCCAGAGCGCCUCCAAAGAGCCAUCAGCCGUUGUCAGUGAGGCAGACAUGACACUAGACGGCUCAGAGGACACGCCGUCUUCUGAAAAGCGCACAUCUGAGGACAAGGAGAAUGCCGAACCGGCCGACAAAGCUGAGGAGGAAGGUGCUGUAGCAUCACAGUCAUGGUCAGAGCCUUACAAGGACAUACCCGCGAGUCGGUUUGAGGUAUUCCCGCCUGUGACAGUCAGUCGACGGGCCGACAGGUCGCGCCAAAGCAUAAGUCAGCCUGCCCCGCCUCGAUCUUCGACGAGUUCGUCACGGCCAAAACGUUCCAGUGGUAGCGCCCGUCGACCUACAGCAAGCAGACCAAGCAGACCAAGCAGACCUAAGACCAGCAGCAGCGCACGACGGAAGACUGGUGGCACUGGACGCGGACCAGGUCGAUGGCCCAAGGGAACCAAGAAGUCAGACUAUGGCAAUGCUGAUAGCGGGCCUGGUCUACCUCCCGGGUGGCUAGAGAGACAGGCCCGCCUGCGUGCCGAAACUGAGGCGAAGAGGUCGGACACUGAACGAGCCCGGAUGGAUCAACCUGCAAAGGAAGAAGUACAAGUUGUUGUAGCGAACAGCGAAGGACCUCUGGAUGCCAUCAAUGGGGCCCCGGGAGAGGACGAUGUCGAUGCGGAAGGUGAGGACGAGUAGAUGGCUCUUUGUACAAGUCGGGAUGACGCCGACAUGUGUUUUUGGGGGACAGUGUUCUAGACACUAUUUUUGGGAGGGCACACGAUGUCAACGGUGACGUUGGGAGCUAUUGAUGAUCUGCAGAAUUAGUGCGAUUAAAUUUUGAUACCAAGAGGGGUUCGAUCUCAUCCUUUGAGCAUGCACUAAUACUCAAUUCC